CCAGGUGCAGAAAGUGAAGAUGGCACCCUCCAGACUAAGACCCUUAACGGGCAGAAGAAGCAAAGUGUCACUAAAGAAUAAGACCAUCAUGAUUCAGAUGGUGCUGCUACAUACAAAUCAUGACUUACGUAGCAGUAGUUUGGGGCUACGUUUCCAAAACGAUGAAGAAGAGGCUCCAAGCUCAACAAAACAUAGCACUCCGUGAAGCGGUGGACGCACCGUGGUAUGUACCUAACAAAGUGCUAUAUGACGAACUACGACAGGUACCGGUAGUAAUCCAGAUGAAAGAGAGGGCCCGAAAGUUCUUUGAAAAUAACGAAGGACAUCGUAACGUGCUGAUUAAAGACGCCUUGGAUUACGACCCAAGAACAAUAAGGCAAUUCGUCAUGGAUAGAAGAGAACAAAUUGAGAAUUGGUUGGUUGAGGCUUCUGAUGAAGAACAAGUUGGAGGACAUAAUGGCAGAAACGGUCCUAAACAAAAAUGGUCAAAGUCUCCACCAACAAGCUCCACAAGAACACGAAGCCAUAAUAUAAUUUUACACUUACCCGGUGUCAAGUCAUCAGCGAAAUCCGCGAAGACUGCUUUGGAAUGUUUUAGUUUGUUUUUUUCUGAUGACAUUAUCAAUUUGCUGGUAACAUGUACAAAUCAGUACAUCGAAGUAGUCAGAGGCAAGUUUCAAAGGGAACGUGACGCAAAAGAUACAGACGUUGAAGAAAUGAAAGCAUUGCUGGGUUUGUUGAUCAUGUCUGGAGUGUUGAGAGCUUCACAUCUCAAUUUCAUAGAUCUCUGGGCCACCAACGGAACCGGUGUAGAGAUGUUUCGCCUGACAAUGAGUUAUCAACGUUUUCUGUUUUUACUAAGAUGCCUUCGAUUUGAUGAUAGAACAACUCGAGCUGAACGUUUGCAAAUUGAUAACUUAGCAGCUAUACGUGAGAUCUGUAACAUGUUGCAAGCGAAAUUUCAAGAAGCCUAUUCGCCGGGUGAAAAUGUUACUAUUGAUGAGCAAUUGAUUGGGUUCCGUGGCCGUUUCAAAGGCAAAGUUUACAUGCCAAAUACGCCAACUGAUUACAAAAAAUAA